AAUUUCACACCUACACGUACGACGUCCGAGAGGGUUCCUGCAAGAGAACACUAUCAAUUUCUUCACUGUCUUUGCUCUGCCGCUGAAAAACUUCCAGCGCAGCCAGACUGACCAAGCAAAGCAUAACGCAACUUGCUUUGUAUAUCGAAGAGUCACGCACCCACAAUCUUCCCAGCAGGUAUAGUAGUGAGCAAUGGGCAGAGUCUUUCUUGGCAUGCCGGGACCAUGGGCCGAUGACAAUCGCGAAGCAUCUGACCAUUAUACGGCGAAAAUUGGUGGACUGCCCGACUGGCCUUCUCCAUUAAUUGCCUGGGGAUCAGAUUUUCUCGAGUGCAGCAUAUGUGGAAAUAAACUUUGUCUCGUCGGACAGGUUCCUGCUCCCAUAACCAGUGAAAAUUUGAAAGUUGAAGACCGUGUGCUUUACAUCUUUGGUUGCAUAGCUCCAAAAUGUGGGAGCAGUCCCUUGAGCUGGCGAGCAAUUCGUAUUCAGAGAUCUUAUGAAGACAAAGAAUCAAACUCCACUUGUUGCGAUGCGGUAGUGGCUGCCACGCACUCUGUUUCAGCCGGGGAAAAUGACUGGUGGAAUGAUUUGGAUGAGAAUGAUGAAGACGCGGAUUUAGAGGAGCUAGGAAGGGCACUUGCAGAAGCUGCAACUGUCACUUCCAACUCAAAGAAACCGAAUAGGCAUGAGAAUUCUGAGAAAAUAGCAAAAUCGUCACCUUCAAGGCCAAUAUCAAGACAAGUAGAUGAUUCUUUACCUGUGAUGCCUUGCUUUUAUAUUUAUACCUUGGAAGAGCCUUGUUCGAAGGAUGUCACAUCUGCUUGUUUGAACUUUUCAUCUCUUUCCAUCAAUGUUGACAAUCAUGUACGAGAAGAAGUAUUGGAGGAUGAACGUUAUGAGUAUGAUAGAGCUUUAAUGGCUGACCGGUCUUACUUCAAGUUUAAGAAACGGUUGGAUGUUUAUCCAGAACAAUGUUUCAGAUAUUCAAAUGGAGGGAAGCCACUGUUGGCUACUAAAGAGAUAGGAGAUCCUGGGAGAUGCAAACUCUGUGGUGGCCCAAGACAAUUUGAGAUGCAGCUUAUGCCGCCGUUGUUAUAUUUUCUGCAUGAAGCUGCUGAUGAUUCUCAGAAAGAGGCACUGGAGAAUUGGAACUGGAUGACAGCAAUUAUAUAUACUUGUUCCAAGAGCUGUUAUGACUCACAAAAUGAAGAGUUCAGAAGGGGGGAGUGGAUUGUUACUGAGGAAGCUGUAUUAGUACAAUGCGAGAAAUCAUUGAAGCAAGCUGUACUUGAUUACAUAUCUCAUUACACGGCCUUGCCAUCGCACGGCUCCUUUUCUCGGGGAGCAAAUUCUGGGUGUCCAGAUCAGAUGAAUUGAUUUUUGCGACAGUAAUGCAUUUCAAUACUUAUUGCGUAACUUCUGGGAUCUCUCUGAUAUGGAGCUCUGGAUAGUGGUACCAUAAAAGUGAAUGAAAAGAUUUGACUGAAGAGAAGAUUAUACUUAUUACCACAAUGUGCAAGAAAGCUCUCUGAAAAGGAAACUCUUUUGCUCAUGUUUGGGUGCACAGCUGUCUUUUGAAAGCAUAUUUUUGACUGAUCCUGUCAUAUUUUUUGCUGAGGGGACAUCAAAGAGUGCCAAAGCAUAUGCAAGCAUAUAUUGCGGUUCCAUGUUUCAUCUCUA